UGCUCUCAUUUCACAACUCAUUCACAACAACAGCUUGAAACGCACAUUUAUAUCUCCGUGUUUCCAACGGCUGAGACAAUGUCGUUUUACGAUGUGACCUCAUCGUCGAUUGCCUAUUAUACGUGUGUGCUCGGAAUGCUGUGCGCUACAUCCAUUGACUCUCAAAGUUUCGAGGACUCCGGAGGCUACCUCUCCAGCACUCAGAGGAACUACUCUGAGCUGGCAUGCGACGGGGAGCUGCUGUCCAUGCGCUGCCCACCACGCUCCACCAUCAGUGUCCAGUCGGCCUUCUACGGCCGCAGGGUCUCCAUCCCCCUCCAGUGUGUCCAUAGCAACGACCCCACCGCCUCUGCCCACUCAGGUCUGGUCAGAGAGGACCUCUACUGCGCUGUGCAGACAGCCCUGCAGAAGGUUCUGGAUGAAUGCCAGGACAGAAGGAGUUGUCAUCUAGUAGUCAGCGGCCGUGUCUUUGGGACGGACCCUUGUCCCACUCACAGCAAAUACCUUAUUGUGUGGUACAAAUGCAGGCCAAAUGACUACCGUACUAAAGUGGUGUGUGAAGGGGAGAGGAUGAGGCUGAGCUGUAGGCGUGGCACACUGAUCGCCGUCUCGUCCGCCACUUUCGAGGGGUUGCCGCGGGCAACACAGGAGUGCCCUCCAACGCCGCCAUCCCCUCCUGCCCACCUGGGCCACGCCGGAGACUGCCAGUCAUUGUCCAGCGUCCAGGCUGUGGCCUCUCACUGCCACGGCAAAGGGAGCUGUUCCUUCCUGGUCUCCAGCCAGGAAUUUGGAGAAGCCUGUUCCCCUGGCUACCACAACUAUCUCAGCAUCAUCUACACCUGUGUUCUGAGACGACUGCUGGAGGAGACCCAUGAGCGCUUGUCCGCAGCCUCCCUCCUCCCCCAAGAGCGCUUCAGCACAGCAACAGAUGACACCCCCCCGGAUGGCCCCCCACCCCCGCUCUUAGGAAACGCCAGAACAGUGAGAAGAGGUAAGCAGCAGAGGGAGUCAGGGGUCUACGCUGCGGAGGACACCACUCGGUUCCGCGACCUGGAUGAGAUGUCCGGUAGCACGCUGAGCCCGGACCUGGACACCAAGGUCAUCAACAAGGAGAUGGCCAUUAUUAGCAACGCGCUGGCUGCUUGCUCGUUCAUAGCAGACCACCCGGAGCGAGCGGCGCUGUACUUUGUGUGUGGUAUUUGUCUGGGCCUGGUGGUCACUCUUCUGGCGCUGGUGGUCCAGAUCUCCUGCCGCACGGACUGCAGGGCCCGGCGGGUCCCACGGAACCGCAAGCCGGGCAAGACUGCAGCGGUGGAGCCCGGCAACAGCAGCACCAGCGAGUCGGAGUCGGACUGGGACACCACGUCGGACCUGUCGGCACGGCGGCACCGGCGCUUCGAACGGACGCUCAACACCAACGUGUUCACGUCGGCCGAGGAGCUGGAGCGCGCCCAGCGGCUGGAGGAGCGCGAGCGCAUCAUCCGCGAGAUCUGGAUGAACGGCCAGCCCGACAUCCCCGGCACGCGCAGCCUCAACCGCUACUACUGAGCCCAGCCAACAGGGGGCGCUGCUGCUGGUACUGCUGCCCACUCUCACCCACACGGACAGAGAACUGCAGGGUGUCUGAUGAGAUU